AUGGCAGGGUACUCGGGUGCCGAUGCCACUGUGCAAGCUACAAAUGACAGCUCCAUAGUGAGCAAGGCGAGCACGGCAGCAGCAGGCUAUUUUGAGGAUGGGUUUGUGGGCCACGUCGCAAUUCGCGGACCCAAAGGACGCUUGAUUCGCAGAUCACCCUUGGUGCACAGAUGUUACUAUGUUCGUCAUCUCGGCGUCUUCCAGAUGCAAGAGAUGUUUCUCCGAAGCUGCGUCUCCCCAGGUGAUGCGUACAACGUGGUGGUCCUCGGGGCUGGUUUUGACACUGGCGCCUUGCGCAGGAGCUGGCCCCAGGGCCUUCAAGGCUACUUCGAGGUAGAUUUUCCGGCCGUGCUCCAGCGCAAAGAAGCUUUGUUGAAGCAGGCGCAGGUCCUGAGGCCAGGUUGGCUGCACAUUUGUGGCGCGGACCUCCGCGACGCACUGGAAGUGGAAGCGUCCUUGCGGGGAGCGGGUGUUGAUUUCACAGUACCAACACUCCUGAUUACCGAGGUCGUGCUGGCAUAUAUGGAAGCCACUGAGGGAGACAACCUGAUAGCCUGGGUGGCAAAGGCUUUUCCGAACUGUCUCUUCGGCGUAUACGAGCAAAUCGGUCCCCAUGACCCUUUUGGCCGAUUCAUGCGCAGACACUUUUCUCAGCGACAAUGUCCCUUGAGGGCCUUGCUUGCGAAUCCAGACUUGGAGUCUCAGAGAAGGCGGUUCCGCGCGUUCGAUCGCGUGGAUGCUGCUGAUAUGAUGUCCAUCCUCGGUGCAGCUCCGGCAGAUGAGCUCAAUCGCGCCUUCCACCUCGAAGCGUUUGAUGAGUUCGAGGAGUUCCACUUGAAGUGUUUGCACUACUUCUGUCUGGCAGCCAUGUCUGGCACGUGUACCAGAGCCAAGGAGUACUGGAAGGCAGUUCCAAGCUCUUCGGAAGGGUUGAUAUCAAUGCCUGUUGAUGCCGUGGAUCUUUCUGUCCCACGGUUCGGGCUUGCUGCGUCUUACUGCUCGGGACAUCUCGUGGUGUCUGGCGGGCAAGGCACCUUGAAUGCGACCACUUCUGAUGCACCUCAUGGCCGCCAAGUAUCGAUCAUGGCUAUGAAGCUUGAGGCGUCGCCCUUCAAAGCCUGGGCGUCUGAACACAUUGGCGAGCAUGCAGCUGCGAUGUACUGCACAUCCACCGCCGUCAACGACCAAGUCUUUGUCUUUGGAGGUCGACUCGCACCUCAACGCCCUAGUGCGGCCCUGAGCAUCUGCACAUUAACAGACUCGGGACCCUCGAUCCAGCAAGUGCGAGUGCCCGAAGAUGCCCCGUGGCCUGCUGCGCGAUGGCGGCACACAGCCACCAAAAUUCAGCUGGGAGGGCAUGGCCUGCUUCUUCUGGGAGGCAUCGGAGAAGCGUUGGAAGCUCUGAGCUUGGAGGAAGCAUGGUUUCUUGAUGCCGCGUCUUUGACUUGGCACCAGCUCUUGGUGGAGCCUGCGCCUGACGGCUCGUUUCCUGUUCCUCGGCAUUCUCAUGCCGCGGCGCUUGCUUCUGGAGGCGUUCUUAUUUGUGGUGGUCUCGACUCCAGGGAGCAAAGUCUGGGUGACGCGUGGACCUUGCACAUUUCAGAGCCCUGCACAGGCGACGCUGAUGGAAGCCAGGAAAACUCGCCGGCCAGAGCGGCCAGAGGCGUCAAGGAUCGUUUCCGACUCGCGUGGCGCCAGGCCUCGAGCCCUUUGCCGCGCCCGCGCUACGGCCACCACCUUCACGAAUACCUCGGGCAUUUCAUCGUCCUGGGGGGCAUCGAAGCGGCCGAAGCCACCGAAGCAACCUUCAGUGGAUCGGGGACACCGCCCAUCUUGGCCUUUGGAAAGUCCUUCUCCGCAAGCUGCGGCGCCAUGAGGGAUGGUGAGCCGGAGAUCUUCAUGUGGCACAAUUUGGCCUCCGUCAUGCUGGGAGACACCGGGCUCCUGCUAAUCCUGGGGGGCGGAGGCAACUGCUUCUCCUUCGGGCGCCUGGCGCAGCACUACGUGUCGGCGGUGGCCUCGUCCACCACGCCCAGGAGCCAGCUGGCAGCGCAGGUGCUUACCAUGAGGUGUCUGCAUGUCGCCUACGAGACCGUCAUGAGGAGAGCGGCGUCUGACGGCAUGCUCCCCACAACCCAGGCGAUCCUCACGCCCGGUGGAGGAGACGACGUGGAUGCAUUCAGGCCGAUGUGGAGCUUCGGCGGCGACGCCGACCUGAAGGGCCGCAGCGCAGCCUCGGCAACCGAGUCGCUGCCACUCUCCACACCGCACCUUGCGGAGGCCCGGGAUGCGCUUCAGCGACACCCGCUCGGUGGCGGCGCAGGCGGCGACUGCGCGUGGGACGCCUCGCUGUGCCCCCAGAAGUAUGACGCGCGGUCGCUGAACUCCACGCAGCAGCUAGUCACAGACCUGGUCAAGAAAGUGCUGAGAAUCCCGGGCAACGUCCUCCCACCCGGACAUAGCGAGGACUGGCCCAAGUGGACGGUUCCCCUUGGUUGGGCCUUGAACUCCAACGGCCCCAUCAGGGAGAAGGCUCCAGAGUUCUAUUGGUGGCGCGACCUUGUGGUUUGGUGCAAGUACAUCUGCCUGGAUCCUCAGUGCAGGCAGUUCAAAGGAGUUUGGAACGCCAACGAUGCGCAGAUUCGGUGGUCGGUUGGCUACUGCCAACCGUGCGAGAUCUUGAAGGCCCAGAUGCACGCCUUCAACAUCAAGUUCGACAUGCUAAGCAAAGGCUUCGUGGGCGCCAGUGGCGCCGACCUGACGGCAGCGGGACUCAAGGGCGCUCACAGUGAAGACGACGUCAUCCACGCCCCGACCUUGCCGGACUUCGGGAAGGCCUUCGCGCAGGAGGAGGCGGAGCACGUCUUGAGCAGCCUCACUGUUCCCUACCUCCGGGUUCCGUUGCUGCUUCACUUCCUGGCAGCAGAUCGCCUCCAUGCGCUCAAGCAAACGUCUGUUCAGCAGCUUCUUUGGGCGGCGAUGCUGGAGCCGGCCGCCUGGGUGGACGACCGGAAUCCUCCGCUCGUGGAGCAAGCGCCGGAGAGGGAAUCGAAGCUUGGCGCAGCGUAUGGCCUCCUACACAAUGAGGUGGCAAAGGGCCUUGGCACCAUUGCUGCCCCUUUCUGCUCGCUCUGCGACCAGGCGGAGGAGCUGGCGAGCCUUGCACCACCGGAGGAGUUCGAUGGGCCACCAGCUAACAUCCUGCUGUUCUUCGUGAGGCUCUGCAGUCGCUUCCUGGACCAGCUGCACCACCAGAAAGAAGCCGACAAGCACCCGGAGUUGACCAAGCAGCUGGUUACGGUUGCCCAGGCCCCUAAGACAGAGCAUUGUGGGCAUCAGCUAAACCUGGCCGGGGCCUUGCGGUCCGUCCCACCUGGAGAUGGCCCUGGCGAGACCUACUGA